AACGGGGCCGGGAGCGGAACCGGGACCCCCUGACCGGGACCGGGAUCGGAAAACGGAGCCGGACCCCCGAUCGGAACCGGGACCCCCUGACCAAGACCGGGACCGGGACCCCCGAACGGGACCGGACCGGACCGGGACCCCCUGACCGGGACUCCCGAACGGGACCGGCACCGGAUAUCCACGCAUCGGAGACCCUGACCAGGACCGGCACCGGAGUUCCCCGAACGGGACCGGAGCCCUGGGACCGGAUCUUCCUCACCCGGACCGGAGCCUCUGGAUCAGAACCCCCUGACCGGCACCGGAGCCCCGGUGGGCAGGCGGGGACCGGGAGCGGAGCCUCGGGGGCGGGACCCCCCGGCCGGUGCCGGUACCGGAGCUCCCGGGACCCCCCAGCGGGGCCGGUACCGGAGCUCCUGGGACCCCCCGGCCGGUGCCGGUACCGGAGCUUCCGGGACCCCCCGGCGGGGCCGGUACCAGUAGGACCCCGCGCUCCGGUACCGGAGAGACAGGUGACACUGGGGGGGCACAGGGGACAUUGUGGGGGGCCACGACCCCCCCGCUGUCCCCGUCGCCAGCCCCUCCCCCGCUGUCACCGGGCCACCAACGCCCCUCCCCCCAGGGUCCCCGUGUCCCCGAUGCCGGACGAGCCGGGGGUGGCCCCGGGGGUGGCCCCGGGGGUGGCCCCGGGGGUGGCCCCGGGGUCCCCCCUGUCCCCGCCGCCCCCGGGGACCCCCCAGAAAGGGGCGCGGCCCCCCCCGGGCAGCGACUCCGAGCACGACUCGGGAUUCUCAGAUUCCGGUUCGGAGCACCUGGGCAGGUGCGAGGGGACGGACCCGGAGGAGCCGCCCGGGCCCGGCCGCGCCCACCGGAGACCCACCGGCCUCGGCCACGCCCCCCCGGGGCCGCAGCCCCCGGGAGCCGCUCGGGACCCGCGUCCCCUCCUGCUCCUGCUGCGCCGCUCCGGUGCGGACGGGACCCGGCUGUGUCCCCCGGUGUCCCCGGCCGUCCCCGCGGAGCUGUCGCCGUGUCUCUCCCCGUUGCUCCGCUCUCCUCCCGCCGGUGUCCCCGGUGCGGACGGGACCCGGCUGUGUCCCCCGGUGCCCCCGGCUGUCCCCGCGGAGCUGUCGCCGUGUCCCUCCCCGGGGCUCCGCUCUCCGCCUGUCGCCGUCCCCGGUGCGGACGGGGCCCGGCUGUGUCCCCCGGUGCCCCCGGCUGUCCCCGCGGAGCUGUCGCCGUGUCCCUCCCCGGGGCUCCGCUCUCCGCGUCCCGUCGCUGUUCAGAGCCUCCGCCGCGCCCCCGCCGGGCCCGGUGCCGGUGCCGGUGCCGGUGCCGAACCCGCCCGGUCCCGGCUCUUACGCUGA